CACAGCAACCUUGUCCACACAAACAACACGACCACAGCUUCACCCUUUACCCAGGGAGGAGAAGAAGAAGGAGCAGGAGCAGGAGCAGAAGCAGAAGCAGGGCUGAUCACUUGAUUCCAAUUCAAUGGCGUCUAUGCUUCUCCCUCAAUCCUUCUCCUUCUCUUCUUCUCCCUCUUUCCCCACCAACAGAUACUACCACUCUCCCCUCUCUUCCUUCUCUUCUUCUUCCUCCUCUCUCUCUCUGGGCUCUGUCUCUCCCGCCAUCUUCAGCCUCCGCCCCACCUGCAGGCCCAAGUCCCGAGCUUCCUUCUCAGUCUCGUGCGCCCUCCGGGCUCUGAUCUUUGACUGUGACGGGGUGAUCCUCGAGUCCGAGCACCUCCAUCGACAGGCGUACAAUGACGCCUUCACCCACUUCAACGUCCGGUGCCCCUCCGAUGAAGCGGGGCCCCUCAACUGGGGCUUGGAGUUCUACGACGAGCUACAGAACCAAAUAGGCGGCGGCAAGCCCAAGAUGCGAUGGUACUUCAAGGAGCACGGGUGGCCCACUUCGUCGAUAUUCGAGACCCCUCCAGAGAGUGAUGAAGACAGGGCUAAGCUGAUCGAUACCCUUCAGGACUGGAAGACCGAGAGGUACAAAGAAAUAAUCAAAUCGGGAACCGUAAAACCGAGGCCCGGAGUUUUACGACUUAUGGAUGAGGCCAAGGCUGCAGGAAAGCUACUGGCUGUUUGCUCAGCAGCGACUAAGAGUUCAGUCAUAUUCUGUCUCGAGAACCUUAUUGGGAUGGAACGGUUCCAAGGCUUGGAUUGCUUCCUUGCAGGUGAUGAUGUGAAGGAAAAGAAGCCAGAUCCAUCGAUUUAUUUGACUGCUUCCAAGAAGUUAGGUGUGUCGGGUAACGAAUGCCUGGUGGUAGAGGAUAGCGUCAUUGGGCUUCAGGCAGCAACAAGUGCCGGCAUGUCUUGCAUAAUUUCUUACACUUCUUCAACUGCUAAUCAGGAUUUUAAGGAGGCUAUUGCGAUUUACCCCGAUCUGAGUAACGUAAGAUUGGAAGAUUUGGAGCUUUUGCUUCCAAAGGAGGUUGCUUCAACUUAGGAACUUUAACACAGAAACUAGUCUAAGAGAGCUCAUUGUAUCUUCCCAUCUUCGCAAUUUCGAAUUUCCCUUGGAUUCUGAUUUCCAAGGAAAAUGUCAAUGGCCAAAGAUAGAAAAGAUAGAGCAAGUAUAUUCCAGCAAUUCAUCUCCGUAAAUUCAAUUCGAACGAAUACCAGAAAUGCAAUGAAUUUGCAAGUUAAGUAAUGAAUUUUUGGAGCCUCAA